AUAUAUCAAUAUGGAUAAACGUUUCAAAAUCUCCAAAAUAUUAAUUGGAAAUUUAAUAUUUCUUCUACUGUUUGCCCUACUCGUACCAGAAACUUCGUCCUUCGGCUAUGAUUCGUCAUCAUCAUCAUGCAGCCCGAACACUAAACAAUCACGUCGUGGUCGAGCACAAAUGUUGGCCGCCAUACCCUGUGAUCUCCUGACACAAGCAUAUUGUGCUCAGCCUGGUUCGGCAUAUCCCUGGCAUGCUGUCCGGCGAUUUGUUCAUGAAAAUCAAGGUUUGAUGAAACGAAUGUAUGGCGAUGUACGUCACAUAUCGGUUUUGCGCGAUGAAAUCUAUAAUAAUGAAAUCGAUAUUGAUGAUAUUGAAGCGGCGACAGAGAGAUAUUCACGAGAUGGUUAUAAUCGUCGAUCUUCGAAGCUAAUGCGUCAUCGUGAAGAGUUCGAAAAUUUCAGAGUUAAUGAUCGGGUUAACGAUAUUUUGAGAGAUCCACAUUUUAGACCGGUGACAACGACAACAACAACCACAACAACUAGAGGUACUACCAGGAAAACGACUACAACCGAAACGCCUAUAACUACAUCGACAACGACCACACCCGAAGGAGUCGAAUCUACUGUGGUGGCCAAUGAUGAGGAGACGACCACAUUGGCUAGCAGCACUACACCCAGCACAAAAAGAACAACUAAAGGUACAACACAAAAUCCAAAUGAUGUUACCGAUUCCGAAUUAAAUACCACCAAUGGUGAAGAAGUGCAAGAUGAAGAGGAUGAGGAGGUCAUAACAAGAAACGAAAAUGAUACCACGAAGUCAGAGAAUUUAUUUGAUAAUCAAAUAAAUCCCGAUGGCGACGAAGAUGAUUUGACAACUUCUGCAGAUAGGGAGGACGAUUUGGAUAUUAUUAAUAUCGAGGCGAAUAGUAUUUUCGAUGAAACCAGUGAUGAUGCACCACCCACGGAAUUAACUGGGGAAAAUAUUGAAAUUGUCGCAUCUCCUCAGCUCGGCUUGAGAAAUCUAACUACGGAAAUACCAACAACCACAAAUCCAAGUAAAACGGAAAGUUCAACGGUGGCAACGAAAACCACAACAAAUAGUCCCACAAUUGCCAGUACAGCUUCUACAACGGAAGAGACAACAACUAGCUCGAAAACCACACCUACAACAUCGACCUCAACCACUUCUACAACCAUAAAACCCGAAACCGUGGCCGAAAGAUCUCCAGCCAAAAAAGAAAGAAAACCUUUUGUACCCUCUUCCACGAGACUACAACAAAGACUACAGCAACAACAACAGGGACAAAAGGCGGAAUCUACAAUAUCCGCCAAAUUAAAGCUCAAGAUAAAUCCCACCCAGGCAACACCUACCAAAGCGGCUACCACCACGACCAUAACACAUUUGGAUAAGGCCUCACUGAAUGCUACAACCCUCACAACUCCCCUAACAUCGAUGAAAACUUCUCCAUUUAAAACACCUUCAGUGUCAACAACAUCGCCAUCACCCGCCCAACAACAGCAACAACCUAUUAAACCGAAUUCAGAUCUUUUGCUGAGUGAGAAAAUACGUAGACCUGGAGCGAAUAUCACACCACCAUCGGUAGUCUCGAAUAAACCCAUCAUGAAAGAUGGUCAACUAUUUCAGGAUACCAUGAAACAGGAAGCUCCAGCACCUGUGCUAAAUGUUAAAGGAGUCAAUGCCUGUCCAGUAAAGGAAGAAGUUGUCGCACCAUUCUGGGCAAACAACACUCGAGGCGAAGUGUUGGCUCUACUCAAUCUCUAUCCCUUCGAACAGUAUGUACACUGGGAGAAAUGUACACAUGAACACAAACAAAUGUAUUGUCGAGAGGGUUGCCGCUGUGAACAACAAUAUCGUCUACAUCGUCUGCUGGCCUAUGAUCCACACAAUGAAUGUCGUGGUAUCUUCUCAGAUUGGUUUAGAUUUCCAUCGUGUUGUAUCUGCAAAUGCUACAAUAUACCAUUAGAUUUUCGGGCAACAUCAAGAUCACCGCGAUCCGAGGGUGGUGCCGAAGAUUAUCGUCAUCCCAUUGAUAUUGCCGAAGAACAAGUUAAAAAUGCUAUCUAUGAACAUGCCACGGAAGAUUGGUAUAGACCAAAGGAUGAUUUUGAUUUUUAUGAGGGUUAA